UUCAACACAUAUUUUAACACAUUGUUCAAUCGAUUCCCACGUGCUGACCUAGAAUGGCUUGAUCUGGAUCUAUCGACUACAAAGCAACCUGUUCAUCGAAUACCAGUAGAAUUCCAAAUUGUUUUGAUCGAAAGACUGAUCAAAUUCAAUGUUCCCGUUCUGUUAUGUGGACCUUCUCAAUCCGGAAAAUCCGUUCUAUGCAAACAACUGUGGGCACGGUUAGAUUCAAAGCAGUGGAAUGUGAAAAUUCUACAUCUGUCAUCACUCGUUGACUCGAUGACACUUUUGCGAACGAUUUUGCAAUCCGAUUUGGUUAGGAUUCAAAGUAAUUGUUAUACGGGUGUGGAGGGCAAAUCAGUGCUCUUCAUCCUUGUUGGUAUUGACCGGCUAAGAGAGACGACUGAAGAUAGUGCGACCGAGUUGUUGAGGGCGAUCUUUGAGAGGAAUUGUGUUGUUGCAAGAGCAAACGAAGAAAUUCACUUCUCGAAUGUGCAUUUCAUUGGUGAAUACACUACCGUUGCAAAUCAGCAAUUUACGAUGAACAGUAUGGGAGCGCGACUUCAACGACAUUGGUUUCCGUUGCAGAUUGAAAAUCCGGUUGGUUGA